CCCGUCGCCCCCAAGAUGGCGCCGCCCACUGCGCGGCGGCGCCCGCGCCCCCGCCUUCCCCCGCCCCGUGCCGGGCAGCGCCGCGCGGGGCCAUGGGCGCCGCGGGAGACAGCGGCGAGCGGGCGGCGGCGGAGGUGUAGGGCGGUGGAGCGGCGCAGGGUGGGAGAGCGGCGCGGCGGAGCGAGCGGGGCCAUGACGGCGGCGGCCGGGCGGGCGCGGCGAGGGACGCCCAUGUACUCGCAGAAAGAGCUUACAUCAAAGAAAAGAGAUGAGUUUGAGGAUAUCUUGGAGGAAAGACGAUUGUCCAGUGACUUGAGAUAUGCAAUGAAAUGUUAUACUCCUGUGAUCUACAAAGGGCUUUCACCUUGCAAGCCAAAUGCUAUUAAAAGUGCUGUUCUGCAGUCCGAACAAGUUCAAUAUGUUAUCAAGCAGUUAGCAAAAGAGAUGGGAGAAUCGCCUGAUAUAAUUCAAGAAGAAGCCACGGAAAUCCUGGAUGAGAUGGGUCACAGUAUGCAAUUAGGAACUGUCAGAUUUUUUGCUUUUACUCUGAGCAAAAUAUUUAAAAGGCUUUUUCAGAGAGUUUGUGUAAAUGAAGAAGGAAUGCAGAGAUUGCAGCACGCCAUUCAAGAGCAUCCCGUUGUGCUGCUUCCCAGUCACCGAAGCUACGUAGACUUUUUGAUGCUGUCUUAUUUGCUAUAUACGUAUGACUUGGCUUUGCCUGUCAUUGCUGCAGGAAUAGAUUUCCUAGGAAUGAAAAUUGUUGGUGAGCUGUUACGAAGGGGAGGUGCCUUUUUUAUGCGACGUUCCUUUGGUGGGAACAGACUCUACUGGGCAGUGUUUGCUGAAUAUGUAAAAACAAUGUUAAGGAGUGGCUAUGCCCCAGUUGAAUUUUUUCUUGAAGGGACUAGAAGCCGCACUGCCAAGACUCUGACUCCGAAGUUUGGUCUUCUCAGCAUUGUGAUGGAACCAUUUUUCAAACGUGAAGUCUUUGACACCUACCUUGUUCCCAUUAGCAUCAGCUAUGAGAGAAUAUUAGAAGAAUCUCUCUAUGCAUAUGAACUCCUAGGAGUCCCAAAGCCCAAAGAGUCUACAUCUGGGUUGUUAAAAGCCAGAAGAAUCCUCAGUGACAAUUUUGGUACCAUACACAUCUACAUUGGCCAGCCGGUAUCACUUAGAACCUUGGCAUCUGGGAGGAUCAGUCGGUGCCCAUACAAUUUGGUACCCAGGCAUCUUCCCCAAAAGCCAUCUGAGGAUAUCCAAGAAUUUGUCAGUGAUGUAGCUUAUAAAAUGGAGCUCCUGCAAAUAGAAAACAUGGUUUUGAGCCCGUGGGUGCUAGUUGCUGCUGUCCUGCUCCAGAAUUUGCCAGCUGUGGAAUUUGAACUUCUAAUAGAAAAGACCCUGUGGCUUAAAGGCUUAACGCAGACUUUCGGAGGAUUCAUUGAAUGGCCUGAUAACUUGUGUGCCAAAAAAGCAGUCAUGUCUGGCCUCACCCUGCAUUCCAACGUUGCUCGCCUUAUCGAUGGCCAUGUGGUCCUAAACGACAAAGGAGUGGAAGAUGGAGCUGUAGGGGAAAUCGUCUUUAAGCGUGCUCUGGCCAUCCUCAUGUGUGCCACCUACAGAAAUCAGCUGCUGAAUGUGUUUGUGCGUCCAUCUCUGGUGGCAGUCGCCUUGCAGAUGACACAUAGCUUUAGAAAAGAGGAAGUCUAUAGCUGCUUCAGCUUCUUGAGAGACGUUUUUUCUGAUGAGUUCAUCUUCUUUCCUGGCAUUUCAUUGAAGGAUUUUGAGGAAGGAUGUUUUCUACUUACAAAAUGUGAUGCCAUUCAAACAAGUCAACAAGAAAUCUAUCCUACUGACAAAGGAAAUGUUAUAGUAUCUUUCUUGUCAGCUAUGUUCAGACCCUUUGUGGAAGGCUAUCGGUUAAUUUUCAGAUACCUCUCCAAGGAAACAAAAGAAGCCUUUACUGAGAAGCAGUUUAUACCUGGAGUCCGCAACUUUGUUUUUCAGCUUCUUGAGAAGGGGAUUACACAGUGUUAUGAAGCGCUGUCUUCUGACAUGCAGAAAAAUGCCUUAGCAGCUCUUGUGCAACUAGGUGCAGCAAAGAAGAAGAAAACGUCCAGUGGAUUCAGUUACAAUGUAAAUCAAGAGGCUGUUAAUAAAAUUCUGGACAUGUUUGAUGCUAGGAUACCUGUACAGAAACCCAUGGCUGCACGACUCUGAGUGGUUCCUGAGGCUGUGCCUGGAUGUCGGCACCUGCUGAGGACACCGACCUCCACGCAGCUGGUGGCAUGGGGGCAGGAGCGGCCAGAGUUCCUCUGGGGCGCAGGAGGGAGAGGCGUUCUUCAGCAAGGCAGCUCUCCAUCACCGCUCAGAAACUGUUGCCACCCAGAGUCAGAGCUGUAUUUGUAUCCCCACCGCGUUUUGUUUUUUAAAAGAUUAAACAUUGUAUUUUAUUUUUUUUGGGUUGUCGUUAAAUAUUUAAAGAGACGUGCACAGUAAUGGCUGCUUAAAUACAUUUUUCUAGACUUGUAACAAAGAAUGUGACUGGUUUCAGAGAUUUCAUGGAUGUGAAAAUAUAACAGGGAAUGAAAAGACUUGCUGUUCAAGUUAACCCUUAGGGUGGUGCUGGUAUGGUGGGGCCCUUCCAACCGAAGAGUACAAAUGGCAUCUUGGGCAAUAACCAGAAACGCUGCCUGCUUGGGGCUGGUUCUUUUUAAGGCGACUGGCUUUGUUUUCAUUACUCCGCGGAUGUUAUCUGUAAAAAUGGAAUUAAA